AUGCGCGAGAUUGACCCUCUCGUCCUCGAAUAUCAACAUGACAAACACCGACCCCGGGAAGCUGAAGCGCUUCACAUGCUCCAAAAAAUAGCCUCUCUCGUCAAACCCAUCAUGAGACAACGAAGCUGGAAAGUCGGAACGCUAUCUGAGUUUUACCCUUCACAACGAAAUCUUCUGGGCCUGAAUAUCAACGCGGGGCAGAAGAUAUGCUUACGGUUAAGGUAUCCGAGCGAUGAGCGUCAAUUUUUGCCUUUGGAGCAAGUUGUUGAUACUAUGUUACAUGAGCUGUGCCAUAUCGUGCAUGGACCACAUAAUCGAGAUUUCCACGCCUUGUGGAACCAGCUGCGUGAUGAACAUGAAGAGCUUGUCAUCAAAGGCUACACAGGAGAAGGAUUCCUCUCUCAAGGCAAGCGACUGGGUGGUCGUCAAAUCCCGCUCGACGAAGCACGGCGCUUGGCCCGCGUUGCAGCCGAAAAAAGACGGACAAUAUCGGCUGGAUCAGGGCAGAAGCUGGGUGGUGCACCGUUGCUGAAAGGCUCAGACGUCCGAAAAGUGAUCGCAGAUGCCGCCCAAAGACGUAUUGACGUAACGAAUGGGUGUGCUUCGGGCUCCAGCGACAGUGAGAAAUUAGCAGACGAGGCUUCCCGAAAUGGAUUCCGUACAAAAGCUGAAGAGGAUGAUGCGAAUGAACGUGCGAUCAUGCAGGCUUAUAUUGAGAUGAUCCAAGAGGAUGAGAAGGAAAAGUAUGGAGCGUCGUACGUUCCUCCUAGUCAGUCGAAUCCUGCUGGUCCAAGGGGCAAGAAUGUUUAUCCAACUGAACUGCGACCUCCUCCUGUUCCUACACAUACGAAGCCAAUCAGGCGGUUUGCGAGCUCGGGGACGUUGUCUAGUGCAUAUGGCACUUUAGAUCAAAACACCGAGAAUACCAUUGAAAAUGACAUGUCAUGGAACUGUCAAAUAUGCACGUUAGAGAACCCACCGGCAUACCUCUGCUGUGACGCAUGUGGAACAGAACGUCCAGCUCAGUCGAUAACAGCCCAGUCGCGACUAGUAGUAGCCGCGGAAAAUACUUCGUCGAAACGAGCAACCCCAAAACCGCGAAGCCGUCUAGCAUCACAAGUGAUUACCGGAGACGAUGCUGGUCGAGUAGUGUCCUUCAAAGGUGAUACCUCAGAGCGGAUUACCAAUCUUGAUCAAAAUAGGGCAAAAAAGCCCCUUGGAUGGUUGUGCCAUAUGUGUGGUGCGUUCAUGGAGACGGAGUGGUGGACAUGCUCUGCUUGUGGGACGAUGAAGACUGCUUCGUGA